CCUAACUUCACUUCUCAGCGAUCCACCUUCAAAAAGCGCCACUCCAACACCUGCUACUAACCGAGCGGUCUGAUCUGCAGCUGCACGCCGGACUUUCUCUUCGCUCCUUCAGUUAAAGAUUUACUUUCGGUUUGAGACUGCGCGGUCGAGGAAACGACAGAUUAGACCGGAUUAUUAAUCAGAUUUGUAGUUCGGUGUUUUGCUCAGCAUGGCUGCGACCACCUGUACCAGGUUCACUGACGAAUACCAGCUCUAUGAGGAACUGGGAAAAGGGGCCUUUUCAGUGGUGAGGCGAUGUAUGAAAAUAUCCUCCGGACAGGAGUAUGCUGCCAAAAUUAUCAACACUAAGAAGCUAUCGGCCAGGGAUCACCAAAAGUUGGAGCGAGAGGCCCGAAUCUGCCGCCUGCUGAAGCACCCCAACAUUGUGAGGCUUCAUGACAGCAUAUCUGAAGAAGGAUUCCACUACCUCGUUUUUGAUUUAGUUACAGGAGGGGAGCUGUUUGAGGAUAUUGUUGCCCGAGAGUACUACAGUGAAGCUGAUGCCAGUCAUUGCAUUCAGCAGAUCCUUGAGGCCGUUCUCCACUGCCACCAGAUGGGAGUGGUCCAUCGCGACCUGAAGCCAGAAAAUCUGCUUUUGGCCAGUAAACUCAAGGGAGCUGCCGUGAAACUGGCUGAUUUUGGCUUGGCAAUCGAGGUGCAGGGAGACCAGCAAGCAUGGUUCGGUUUUGCUGGCACUCCUGGUUACUUGUCUCCAGAGGUGCUACGAAAGGAACCCUAUGGGAAACCAGUAGACAUGUGGGCCUGUGGAGUGAUUCUCUACAUCCUGCUGGUGGGUUACCCUCCUUUCUGGGAUGAAGACCAACACAGACUCUAUCAGCAGAUCAAGGCUGGUGCCUAUGAUUUUCCUUCUCCUGAGUGGGACACCGUGACCCCAGAGGCCAAAGAUCUGAUCAAUAAGAUGCUGACCAUUAACCCUGCCAAACGCAUCACUGCUGCCGAGGCUCUUAAACACCCCUGGAUCUGCCAACGCUCUACAGUGGCCUCUAUGAUGCACAGACAGGAGACUGUGGAAUGCCUGAAGAAGUUUAAUGCCAGGAGAAAGCUUAAGGGAGCCAUCCUGACCACCAUGCUGGCCACAAAGACCUUCUCAAGCAAGAAUCCUUACAAGAAGCCUGAUGGUGUUAAGAUCAACAACAAAGUCAACGUAGCCAACAGCCCCAAAGAGCCAGUUCACUCUCCUGCUCUGGAGCCUCAAACUACUGUUAUCCACAAUCCAACUGAUGGAAACAAGGAAUCAUCAGAGAGUGCCAACACCACUAUUGAAGACGAGGAUGUGAAAGCACGGAAACAGGAGAUUAUUAAAGUGACUGAGCUGCUAAUUGAGGCUAUCAACAAUGGAGAUUUGGAAGCUUAUACGAAGAUCUGCGACCCUGGACUUACCUCCUUUGAACCUGAGGCAUUGGGUAAUCUCGUGGAGGGAACAGAUUUCCAUCGGUUCUACUUUGAGAACUCUUUGUCAAAAAGCCAAAGACGUACUGUCCACACCAUUCUACUGAAUCCUCACGUUCACCUGCUAGGAGAGGAAGCUGCAUGCAUAGCCUACAUCAGGCUCACUCAGUACAUCGAUACCAACAACAUGCCUCGUACCAUGCAGUCAGAGGAGACAAGGGUCUGGCAUCGCCGUGACGGAAAGUGGCAGAACAUUCACUUCCACCGCUCUGGCUCACCAACUGUGCCAACCAAUUAAUAAGGCCUCUUGAGAGCAGAGCUGCUUAAUCAAAGGGACUUCACGUUCGAUCCUGCCAACUAAGUGUCUGUCAUAUUCAAAUCCCACCUUUCAUGACUUCUCUACCCUAUCAGUCUUGUUUACAUAUCAUCACUGCUGGACUAGCUGACCUGCAGGUGGAGAAUCAAUCUAAUUUUGUAUUAGAAUGUGUGCGCGUGUGUGUGCUUAACACACUUUUUCAUACAUUUAUGUCAAAAACGUAUGUAUGCUUUUAUCUUUUUUUAAUGUUUCGAUUUUAUAGUAAAAAUAGGGAGUCCUUUUUGUCUAUCUUUGGGUGUGUGGGUUGAUAAAGAAAACGUUUGAAAUGUUUGAUCACGAUACACAAAUGGACAUCGUCACUGGAUCAUAAGAUUAGUUAUAGAAAUAUACUUGAUGCACUGUAUCUGUCUGUCAUCUGAACAAUCUGGUUAAUAUCAUAUCUCAGUUAACUUCAGUUCUGUUUCGCACUGCUUUACUGUUUUAAGUGCAAUACAGCAAAACUAUCAGAAUCAAGAAUCCAGCUCGCUUUCGUUUCGGUGAUGUUUUUGUGAAGUUAUGUGAAGUGCUAUUAGAGUAUUGACAGUUUAUCGUGAUCUUAUUUUGAAAGCGUAGUUCAGUUUUGGUGGCUAGGAACUAGUUGGGUGUAUAGUUAAGUCAUUUAUUCUGUCUGUUUGCCAACACCUUAUCACGUGAACACAGUAGGAGAAACGGAAAUCCUUGUAAUUAAGAAUGUAACAACAAUGAACUAAAACCAUGAACGUAACAGGGAAAUCAAAUCACUUUAUUUUCACUUUAAUUCUUUAUUGCUUAUUGUAAGAAUUUAUUGAUUUUGUUUGUAUUUUUAUAUUGUUUACUAUCACUUAAUGGUAUAUUCACAGAUGUGUUUUUUCUUUAUAAUCGACUCCUAUCUUGCUUGAUUACCUUUAGCUUUGUUGUCAUGUAGUGCAUGAAGACAUCUUUUAUCAGGACAGCAUCAUGUAGACUUUUUAUGGCCCCUUCUGUAGAAUCAGGUAGAAUUAAAGCUUUUAUGCUUUUUAAUUGUCUUAAAUAAAUCCUGUUAAAUUCUGUUUGGUAAAUAUACAGUAAAAUGUUAUUUUAGAAAUGAUCAUCGUCAAAGCCAGUAAUUGCCGUUGUGUGAAACGUUAAUAAGGAAAAACAAUUUACAGAUUAAUAAGUUCAUUUGCAGCCUAGUUGGUAUUAAUUGUUUUAUCUAAAUAAAGCUUUGAAACUUCUAAGCUUUGCUUAAUUAAGAUGUGCAUGCUUCUACAGAAACAAGAAAAUUCCUAAAAUCAUAUUGAGAACAUUAUGCUUCCAUUACUGACAAACUAUUUCAGGUUGUUAAUAUUCAAUGUCCAGUAUGGCAUAAAAAUCUGACUUUUUUUCAGCUUUCAGCUUUCCAAGCCAUUUCCCUCAUGGGCUUUUACUGCUUUAACUUUAAGUAUAAAUACAAAGGCACAAACUCGUACACUAAAGAAAAAAUCCUACAGUACAAUAUAUACACAAGGAAAUGUGAAAAUAAUCCUUGAUUUCUUUACACUUUAUGUUAAUUUUAAGACUGUACCUUUGGAAAAAAAAAUGUUUGUAUAUUGUGUAUUGUGUGUGCGUGUUUCAAUAUUACCACCACACAACUUUAAUUAAAUAUUCCUACCUAUUUGC